UAAAACCGACAUCAAAAUUAAUAAAUCACAAUGAAAGUAUCCGUUUUCGGUGAACUAAACACUUUCGAGCUGCUUAUCCUGUGCACUGUGAUACCGGCGGUCUUCGUUUUCCUAUGGAGCCUGAUAUCUGGUGAUAUGAAGAACUUCAAGGGCAGCAAAUUGGCUUAUUCUGUUUUCACUGCCAGGGAUCCCAUUAAUUGCUAUCAGGACUAUGUGCCGGAAAAACAAAAGGAUUUUUAGGAUAGGAGCUUUAAUGGAUUAGCAAAAGCCACAAGAUCUUUCCAUAUUGUACAUAUGUACAUAUAAAGAAUGCAGCAGAGGAUCAGCAAAUCUUAAGUUAGAAACAUAGCUUUAUAAGACAUGCAUGUUAGUAGGAAAACUUCCUGAAAAUAUCAACUAAAAUUAAACUACUGCUAACCAA